CCUCCCCCUCCUUUUUCUCUUCUCCUUUCCUCCCCUCCAUGGAUCCAGCCAACCUCCAUUCCUCCACUUUCCCCUCCAUUCAACUCUCUUCCUCACGACGCACCACGGGCUAGCCACUCCUACGAUGAUCAUUAAUCCUUGCUGCCGACACCGGCCCAGCCCCUUUCUCUCAUGCGCCUACCAUCCCACGAUUAAUCUCCUCUUACCACCUCAACUAGCCACCUCGAACCCUAAUCCGGUGGCAUUAUCACUAUCUUCGUCAUCGGAGAAGACACUGGCAACAAAUAGAACGGCCACAGCUCAAUCUCGCGCAUGGAUCGACGAUGGAUAUAAAACCGACGUAUCCGUGCGCCACCAUCAAGCAAGCUCACAUAUGAACCACCGAAGAACAUAGAUAGCAUCGCCCAACCUCGCUGCAUUCGCAUUACCAAAGUGUGCCAACGCCAUGGUGGUGACCUUCACAUCUCGCCGGAGCGAGCCGGUGCUGCUCCGGCCGGCGAGGCCGACGCCGCGGGAGACGAAGCAGCUCUCCGACCUCGACGACCAGCGGACGCUGCGGUACUACGAGACGGUGGUCGGCUUCUUCCGCCGAUGCGACGGCGGCGCAGCUGGCGCCGUUGGCGCACCGGCCGACCCGGCCAAGGCCAUCAGGGCGGCGCUCGCGGAGGCGCUGGUGUACUACUACCCCGUCGCCGGCCGGCUGAGGGAGGUCGCCGACGGCGGCGGCGCGGGGAACCGGCUGGUGGUGGACUGCACGGCCGAAGGGGUGGUGUUCGUGGAGGCCGACGCCGACGUGCGGCUGGAGGACUUCGGCCAGCCGCUGCUGCCGCCGUACCCGUGCGUCGGCGAGCUGCUCUGCGACGCCGGCGACACCAGGGCUGUCGUUGGCAAACCAUUGCUCCUCAUGCAGGUGACGCAACUUAAAUGCGGCGGAUUCGUCCUGGGCUUCCACAUCUGUCACAACAUCGCUGACGGCUUCGGCAUGGCGCAGCUGAUCAUGGCCAUAGCCGACCUCGCACGUGGUGAGCCAGCCCCGACCAUUCUGCCCGUAUGGAGGAGGGACCUACUCACGGCAGCACGCCUAGGUAGCGGCGCGGUGGCACGCACGCCCUUUGCAUCGGCGGCGGCGGCGUCGGCCUCGGCGUCGAGCCCGGCACUACAGAACGGUGCUCGCCGCGCCGCCGCCGCGGCUGACGCGAUGCUGUCGACCCCGCCGGACCGGAUGGUGGUGGAGUACUUCCUGUUCGGGCCACGGGAGGUGUCCUACCUGCGUGGCCAGCUGCCGGCGCACCUGGCGGACUCCACCACGGUGUUCGAGCUGCUCACCGCCGUCAUGUGGCGGUGCCGCACGGCGGCGCUCGGGUACGGGCCCGACCUCCGCGUCCGGCUAAUGAUCACCAUGAACGCGCGCGGGAGGUGGAACGCGCACACCCCGCUCCCGCGCGGCUUCUACGGCAACGCGCACGUCUCCCCCGUCGCCGAGGCCGCCGCCGGCGACCUCCUCGGGCGGCCGCUCGCCGACACGGUGGAGCUCGUGCGGAGGACCAAGCGCGGGAUGACGCGGGAGCGGAUGAGCGCCAUGGUGGAGACGGUGGCGCAGCUGCGGGAGUGGCCGCCGUCGAGCAUGGACAGGGUGUACGAGGUCUCCGACAUCAAGUGGACCACCGUGAACUUGCUCAAGUUCGGGUGGGCUGAGUUCGCCGGCGGCGGCAUACCGCUCGCAGGCGAUCUCACCUCCAAGCUCGGAAGCGACCACACGAGGUGCAAGAACUCGGCCGGCGAGGUGUCGACGGUGGUGUCGAUGCUGCUGCCCAGGGUGGCCAUGGCGAGGUUCAAGAAGGAGAUGGCCGUUUUGUUGAACAAAGAUGACAAGAAGAGCUUGACAAUUAUGAGUUCGCUGUAGUUGUUGCCACACAUUUCAAGCAAAGGUUCUUAAACAGCUAAUGGUCACCAAAGCACAUUUUUAUCACUGUCACUUCAUCAUUUCUGAUCGAUCUAGUUGUGCACAUCUAAUUUAGUGGGACAAUCGGUUUACUUAGUGGAGUACUACAAUAUAUGUAAUUGUAUUCAGUUGUGUCUACCUGUUCAUCUGCACAGGCUAUUGGAUUUUCAUCAGUUCUUUAAUUGUAAAAUACACCCCUCCCUUUAAUGUAUGCGCACAUACUUUUAACUUGUAAAGUUACCUCGCUCAUUAUAGUUUGUAAUGUGAGCUUUUUAUAAAUUUGUUUCUAUUA